ACAUGGUAGCUACUGAACAACCAUCAAAACAAUCGCUCGAACACAACACAUCGGAUCAAGAAUGGGCUAUCUUUAUCACCUGCUCUCGUGAGAUGUCGGCGGCUUGUGCAACAACCCUCCACGAUAAAUACAGAACAGUCUAGAGGUUUCGUCUCUGUAUAAAACGGAUGGGUUCAACGAGCAGACGACACUUUGCGUUCUCGUGCGAGCAGACGACACAUUAAUCAUGGCGAAACGUGACGUACCUGGACUUUCGUGCUUUGACAGAGACUCAGUUAUGAAAGAUCUUGAGGAGAAAGGGUAUGCCGUGAUACCGGAUGUUUGCAGUGCGCAGGACUGUGACGUGUACAUAUCCCAGUACCGUGAUUGGCUGUCCCAGUUCGAGGAGGAUGAUUGGCCAUCUCACAUGCACUCAGUCGUUCAGGGAUAUGAUAUUGGUCAUUUCGAAAACACCUGGAACUGCCGCUUUAAAGCCAAACCAGUUUUUGCUAAAGUCUGGGAGACUGAGAAGCUCCUAACAAGCUUUGACGGUGUAGCCAUAUCUUUCCCACCGGAAACUGAAAAAUUCGGAAUUUAUGAUACCGGGAAAGCAUGGUUACACGUUGACCAACCGGCAGAAAAAAUUGGUCUCCAUGGUUACCAAGGCGCUCUGUAUUUGGAGGAGGCGGCAGAAACUGACUUCUGCUUCAGGGUUUUGUCGGGAUCGCAUAAAUAUUUCAACGCUUUCUUUGAAGAAUUCGAAGACUCCGCCAGGAACGGCAACAGAAUCGAUUAUUAUAGAUUAAAUGAAGACGACAAAUCUUGGUUCCGAGGAAAGGGCUGCGUUACCACAAAGGUUCCUGUUCCGAAAGGAGGGAUGGUCCUUUGGGAUUCUCGGACAGUGCAUGACAACUGCAGACCGGAGAAAGGCCGCCCCAAUUCUGACAGAUGGCGCUUUGUGGUGUUCGUGUGCAUGACGCCGGCCAAGUGGGCUCGGGCCGAUGAUGUUCCCUCAAAACUCAGAGCUUACAAACAUAUGAUGAUGACAUCACACUGGCCAUCUCAAGGAAUCAACAUUUUUGACAAGUGCGAUCCUUUCAAUCAUCGUGAAAUUAAAUCUCCGAUCGGCGACAGUCUUCCGGAAGUUGCUACGACAAAGGAGGCGAAGUUGCUAUCUGGUGUGAUGGAGUACGACUUUGACGACGGUGAACCUAACGGGCCUUCUUGGGAACCUGUUUGGAAUGAGAAUACCAGCUUCUAUUAGACAUGACCAAGGGCCGACAAAAAGAAAUUUGUUCCAGAA